GGAGAGCAAACGCUCUAGCUCUGUAUGAGAGGGCUGUGUGUGAGCUCAUGUGAGUGUAUGAACAGGGCAUGAUAAAUCCUCUGGAAAAAAAGACGAGCGAUUAGUAAGAAUAGCGCAAAAAAAACGGAACCACAGCGAAAUGGCAAGAAAAGGACACGAACCAUUUCUCUCCCUGCUUUGGAUUUUAUAGAAGGAGCACAGCUUGGCAGAUAGUAGUUUUAGAUGUAUGUGAGCACUGAGAAUAAUCAUUUAGGAAGGUAGUGAAGAUCAGAAUUUGCCCUUUGGAGCUCCAGACCUUCCUGGAUAGUGUCAAAAUUUAAGGACAUGCUGGAGUUGAUGCACAGGAAUGAAGGAACAAAGAUGUUUUUUCUAAGCAGCUGAGACCUGGUCUCUUGGGUCGCCUACUUUCACCACAGCUCUCUGCCCACUACUAAAGAUCAGCAAGGUUACUUCCAGAGGGUGGCUCCGCUGAUUUAACUCCAGCCAUGCUCUGUGGUCUGAGGAGAGACACCAAGAACAGCAUUGAUGAAGGACCAUACUCAAAGGGAAGCAAAGAGUCCGGGGCAACUGACCAAUCACAUUCGUCUCGGAGGCGCAGCCUUUCAGCAGAAGAGUAUCGAGGAGUGACCACCGUGGAUCUGAUGAAAAGGGAAGGCAGCAGCCUUGGCCUCACCAUCUCCGGAGGGUCUGAUAAGGAUGGCAAGCCCAGAGUGUCAAACCUACGGCCAGGUGGGCUAGCUGCCAGGAGUGACCAGCUGAAUGUAGGAGACUACAUCAAGUCAGUGAAUGGCAUCAAUCUGUCAAAGCUUCGUCACGAUGAGAUUAUCAGCCUGCUGAAGAACAUUGGGGAGCGAGUUGUGCUGGAAGUGGAGUAUGAACUGCCUCCAUUUGUCCAGAACCCCUCAGGAGUCAUAACCAAAAGCAUCGAGGUGUGUUUACACAAGGAGGGCAACAGUUUUGGUUUUGUCAUGAGAGGAGGCUUCCAUGAAGACUGGCGCAGAUCUCGUCCUCUGGUGGUGACCAGCGUCAGGCCUGGGGGUCCAGCUGAUAGAGAGGGCACUAUUAAGGCUGGAGACCGAGUAUUGAGCAUAGAUGGGAUGCCUCUGAGCCGGGAGAGGCAUGCUGACGCUUUGACCAUGUUAAUGCAGAGCGGCCAGGAAGCUCUGUUCCUGAUUGAGUAUGACGUCUCUGUCAUGGAGGCAGUGCAGCAAGCCUCAGGCCCUCUGCUGGUGGAGAUAGUGAAAGGCCCUUCUGCCAGCCUGGGGAUCAGCCUCGCCACGGCAGUCUACAGGAACAAACAAGUUAUUAUUAUCGACAAGAUAAAAGCAGCCAGUGUGGUGGAAAGGUGUGGAGCGCUGCAUGUAGGUGACAUCCUCCUGUCCAUAGACGGGACCAGCACAGAGCACUGCUCUCUGAUGGAAGCAGCACAGCUACUCGCCAGCACCUCUGACAUUGUCAAACUGGAGAUUCUUCCAGCCAGCCAGAGCAGACUUCCCAUCAGGCCGUAUGACACAGUAAAAGUGCAGAAAAGCAACCAUCAUCACUGGGACCAAAGCGGCAACUACUGCCAUCCCCCACAUGCCAGCCACAGCAAGACAUGGAGCAGCCCAAGCCACCCACACAACCAGCAGGACCACUGCAAAUCUCUGGUGAGUGGUGGCUUCUCCCCUUCCUCCACAGCCACCUCAGGCUUCAGCAGCCAGGGUAGCAACACGCUACCCUGCCCCGUCCUUCCCAUCACUCCCACCAGCCCUCGGAGCUCCACCGGCAAGAGGAGGAACAGAAAGAAGGACCACAAGAGCUCAUUAUCUUUGGCAUCGAGCUCUGUCGGCCCGGGGGGGCAGGUUUUUCAUGUGGAAACGAGCGAGGUCAUCCUGAGGGGGGAUCCACUCACAGGUUUUGGGAUCCAGCUGCAGGGAGGUGUCUUUGCCACAGAAACCCUAUCCGCUCCCCCGGUCAUCCGCUUUAUUGAGCCCGACAGCCCAGCUGAGAGGUGUGGGCUGCUGCAGGUUGGUGACAGAUUGUUGUUCAUUAAUGGGAUCCCAACUGAAGAUGGCACUUUGGAGGAAGCUCAUCAGCUGCUCAGAGACUCUGCUCUGGCUAACAAGGUCACACUGGAGAUUGAGUUUGAUGUUGCAGAGUCUGUGGUUCCCAGCAGCGGCACCUUCCAUGUUAAACUCCCCAAACGGCGAGGGAUGGAGCUGGGCAUCACCAUCAGUGCGAGUAAAAAACCUGGCAAGCCCCUCAUCAUCUCUGACAUCAGAAAAGGAAGCAUUGCGCACAGAACAGGCACUCUGGAGCCCGGAGACCGGCUGCUGGCCAUUGACUCGGUGCGUCUGGAGAACUGCACAAUGGAAGACGCGAUGCAUGUCUUGGAACAAGCAGAAGAUAUGGUCAAACUUCGAAUCCAGAAAGAUGAGGACAACAUUGAUGAGUUGGAAAUGUCAGGCUCCAUAAUCUACACAGUUGAGUUGAAGAGAUAUAACGGACCACUCGGCAUAACCAUUUCUGGCACAGAGGAGCCCUUUGAUCCCAUCGUCAUUUCUGGCCUCACCAAGAAAGGCCUGGCUGAGAGGACUGGAGCCAUCCAUAUAGGGGACCGAGUCCUAGCCAUCAAUGGUGUCAGCCUGAAAGGAAAGCCACUGAGUGAGGCCAUUCAUCUCCUGCAGAUGGCCGGGGAGUCAGUCACCCUCAAGAUCAAGAAACAAGCUGAUCAGUCUGACGGCCGGCGGCCUUUAGAAAGAGAAGCUGCGUUUUUGAGCGACACAGAAGAUGACCUGACAGACUCCCAGAAGACCAGUAAACACUCAGAGCUCUACUCUGCCACUGUACCCAGUAUAGACUCUGCCAUGAGCUCCUGGGAUAGCUCGGGGUUUGAUGCAGGCUACAGUAGCCAAGGGACAUAUCUUCACAAAGGAUCCGAUAUACUGCUCAACCCAAAUGAGUGGAGGCGCACAAAGCACAGGAGCCAAACCACUUCCAGUUCUGCAGGCCUAGUCCACCACACCUCAUUGUAUGAUGGGAGAUUCACAGAGGAUGAGUGGGACAAGAUACCUGGAUUUGUCAGCCCCCCUCGUUGCCAUGGCACCCUGAACCAGGAAGACAGCUUCUGGUCCCAGGCUCUGCAGGACCUCGAGACCUGCGGCCAGUCGGAGAUUCUCAGGGAGCUGGAGGCAUCCAUGACGGGUAGCGCUCUUAGUCUGUACCUAGAUGAGACCAAAACAAAUGAAGACUCAGUGUUUCCCUCUGAAAUAAGUCCAAUCAAGAGGGAAGGAAGCCAUGGAGAAACUAUAAACAAAAGCAAACUGAACAUGUCAACUGGAGCCGGAGAUGUUUCAUCCAGGGUCAAAGGCGACAACUCUGAAAAUUUGCUCCCUACAGCUCUGGCACUGCACAAGGUGACUAUAAGAAAAGAUCGUGAAAGCCGUGACUUUGGUUUCAGUGUGUCAGACGGGCUGCUGGAAAAGGGUGUCUACGUGAAUAUGAUCCGGCCUGAUGGCCCAGCUGACCAAGCGGGGUUGAAACCUUUUGACCGCAUUCUUCAGGUGAACCGUGUAAGGACCAGGGACUUGGACUGUUGUCUAACUGUGCCCUUAAUUAUGGAGGUCGGAGACAGCCUGGAAUUGGUCAUUAGCAGGAAUCCACUGGCAGCAACAGACGCGGAGCUGCCAAACGACUGUGACGACCCCUCGAACUCACUGUUCUGCUUCCCCAACCACAGGAACAACAUAGUUGCCCUCUGACCACAAAGAGAGAUUCUAACUCUGCAGUGUAGGGGACCUCUCUUAAAUACACGCACACACAUACACACACACACCACGUGGUUAAGCCUGUCACAUUGUACCUCUCAGACACACCUUCACACUCAUUUUCAGCACGCAGUGCGCAUCCACAGACUCGACCACUUUCUUCCCCUGAAAGCAUCGCUCUCUGUCUCACAAAGUCACAAGUGCAUGUGUUCACAAUUGCCAGUUUUAGUCACUGUGUUCACAUGAUGCAGUUCAGGGGAGGCUCUGGCUUAAGGGCAGACUCCCCCACCCAUUCCACCUCCACAGGCAAAGCCACAUGCAGGCUUAUAUAACAGGGGAGUCAUAGUGUCUGACGGAGCCAGGAUGUCAAAUACACAAGCCUCGGCUCUAGAGAGGCUCGAAUGCUCAAAGCAUUCACUGCACAAGUUACCUUUUUCUUUAAUAGGUUUUCUCAUUCAAGGACCAAAAACCUAGCUCUAUUUUUCAUUUACACAUUUGCAAAUAGAAGCCCCAAAUGCAGUAUUUCAUGUGCAUGUAAAACAGUCAUACAGAGACACAAGGGUGCGAGUAGGCUUGAGAUUCUAGGAAUGUUGCACCUAUUUGAGUUAUUUCACCCAUGACUUGGCUCACUGCCCUCGUUUCCAGUCUCUACUCCACACUGCCUGCCCUAGAGAUGGGACAGUGCCUCCAAAUAGACAGAAUGCUGUCUGAUACUUGUGAGUAUCAUUAGCCACAUUUUAAAUUCCCUUAUAUGUUAAUGUCACAAAUUCAUAGAAAGGCACUUAAUUCUUAGUUUUUAGUCAUUUCAUUGCUUCCGAAUCACCCUAGAUAUCAUGCUUUUUUUUUUUUUCUUUCUUUUUUUUUUGUUGACAGAUUUUCAGUUUCACAACAUUUGCAUUUUUCUUUUUUAUUUGUGGCACCACAUUUGCACCAUUCCACUUUUAAGAGUUCCUAUGUUCACAUUUUUCACGUUACUGUAUGACUUUGCAUGUGGCGUUGCACCAGAAUGACUUGGGCACUGAUGCUUCCUCAAGUGAAUUACACCUUUUCCAAAAAGGAGGAUGAAAAGUGUUUCAUUCAUCUCACUCAGCUGGCUAUCAGGUUAUUUUUCUCUGAAGUUCCUACCAAUAUGUGUAAGCAUGUUAAGCAUGCAUAUGACUUGUUCGGUGAGUAGGUCACUCCAUAAUAAGUAUUGGAGUGUUCUCAGUUUCCUUCAGCAGGAUCAUGAGCGCUUAUCAACAUGACACUGUUUUUAUAAAAGCCUCUGUGAAGGAAAUGUGACCUGCUGAUUAAGCAGACUGCCUGGAAACAAGCAUUUGUUUCAUUUGGUGUGUUUGGCUCAUGUGAACGUGUUUUGAGUUGGUCUGUAGGUUUCUCAUAACGGGAAAUUGCAUCUGAGUCAUCUGUGAGGCUGUAACCUCUUAAUUUAAAUUAAAUGUCAUAUUUUUACAGUGGCCUAUUUUUAAGGUUUUACAGUAAUUUAUGCGUUGCCCCUUUUAUUAUAGCGUAAAAUGUCAUGUAUGCAGUGCUUUAUUUUUACUGACAUGCACAUCGCAUGGUGUCUUGAUGUAAGCUGUGAUGCUGAAUGUGAUUUUUUUUUUUCUUUCUUUUUUUUAAACAUCUACAUCCUCCCCGAAUAUGUCAGGUAUCAUUUCAUAAGAACUUGAAAAAUGUAUUGGAUAUUUUAUUUUUGUUAUUUAAUUUAUU